AUGUUGUUCUACUGGAUUGUAGUAAUAUUUUUCAUAUUUAGUCAGUUAGUGUUAAGUUCUAUUACAAUGUCGACAUUGAAAGAACUUGCAGAAUAUGGACAGAGUCUGAACUUGACUGGUGCGGACUUGCAGCAGUUUAUACAGCAACAACAGGCACAUCAGCGUGAGCUACGAGCGGCGGAAAGGGAGAAAGAGAAGCAGGACAGGGAGUAUCAUCUCAGUAGAGAAGCACUUGAAAUUGAGAAACUCAAACUACAGGAAAAGAAAGGUAUGGAAGAGAUUGAGAGUAAAUUCAUGCAAACUAUUCAAACCUUAGAGCAAAAGUUAGCUGUAAAGGAGUCAGAAACGAAAUCAGAAAAUCCUAGUAAUGCAAAGUUUCCAAAAAUGCCUGUAUUCGAUGAAGUUAAGGAUGAUAUUGAUUCUUAUUUGAGACGUUUUGAAAGGUACGCUGCAGCACAGAAAUGGAAGUUUGACAGUUGGGCUGUUAACUUGAGCGCACUACUCAGAGGUCGUGCACUGGAUGUGUAUGCACUGUUGCCGCAGGAGAAAGCGUUGGACUAUGAUGCUUUGAAGACGGCGUUACUAAAAAGGUUUGAAAAGACGGAGGAUGGAUUUCGUCAAAAGUUCCGUAAGAGCAGACCUGAGGUAGGGGAAACUUUUUCACAGUUUGUUGUUCGUCUCGGUAGUUAUCUCGAUAGGUGGAUUGAACUUGGUCGAGUUAACAAGACUUUUGAUGGCCUCUACGAUUUGAUAAUCAGAGAUCAGUUUCUGUUCAUGUGUAACAAAGAAUUGACAUUGUUUUUGAAAGAACGCAUACCGAAAAACAUCAGAGAAAUGUGUGAUUUAGCAGAUCAGUUUAGAGAGGCAAGGCAUGGUAACAUUCAGACAUUAGUUCAUUUUAGCAAGAAAGAGAACUCUCCAGGAAAAAGUCAGGCAUCGAGAGAACAGGAACAGCGAGAUCAGAAGCCAGGAUUGAAGUUUCAACCCAUGAAAACUCCAAUGAAGAAAGAAGUUCGUUGCUUCAAGUGUGACAGACUGGGCCACAUAGCAUCUCAGUGCCACCAGACUCAGAAGAACCGGAACUCAUUGAAUAUUGUCGUCGAUCGUACAGAAAAGGAAUCUACGACAAAGAACUCAGAAUUACAAGGCAAGUGUGGAACUUUUACUUCCUUUACAAACACAUCAACAUUUUCGAUAGCGUCAAAUUCAAUGGACCUUGUAAACACUUCAUCGUGUAACGUUAGUGCAUCUCUUGAAGAUAUGCCUACCUGUAAGGGCAAGUUAAAUGAACAUUUUGUGACAGUGCUUAGAGACACUGGUUGUAACGGUGUUGUAGUUCGUAGGGAUUUGAUAGAUGAUGUUCAGCUUACGGGAAAUCAUCGAAUUUGUGUUCUGGCGGAUGGAUCUAGGAUUCAGGCACCUGUUGCGCGAGUGAAAAUAGACACUCCUUACUUUGUGGGUGAAAUAGACGCUUGGUGUUUAGAAAAUCCAUUGUAUUCCUUGAUCAUAGGGAACAUCCCCAACGCAAGAGAUCCAAAGGAUCCGGAUAGAAACUGGACACCUUAUCAAGCGCAUGCAGUAGUGACAAGGCAACAAGCUCAAAAGGAAGGUAAGAAGACUAAAUCUCUUCAUGUUCCAGAUAUUAUUGACGCUGAGAUAUGUCCUGACGACAUCAAGGCAGCACAGGAGAAAGACGAGACGUUAGCCAAGAUACGCUCUUUGGUAGGACAAGACGACGACUCCAAGGUAUCUUACAUUAGUAAAAAAGGUAUCAUUUAUCGUGUCUUCCAGUCAGAUAAACAUCAGAAUGGUAAACGUUUUACACAGCUAGUUGUUCCAAAGAAAUAUAGGACUAAAGUUCUUUCGCUUGCUCAUGAAUCUAUUAUGACAGGUCACCUAGGUACUUCCAGGACAGCCAGCAAAGUCCUUGCAGAAUUUUAUUGGCCGGGAGUUCAAGCGGACGUACGUCGAUUCUGCAGAUCAUGCGACAUCUGUCAACGUACUACUCCGAAAGGCAGGACUACAAAGGUACCACUCGGAGAUAUGCCUAUUAUUGAGGUACCGUUCAGACGUGUAGCUGUCGAUUUGGUAGGACCUAUCCAGCCAGCAACCAGUAAGGGUAAUCGUUACAUUUUGACUAUUGUUGACUUUGCCACCCGUUACCCAGAGGCAAUUGCUUUAAAAGGAAUUGACACUGAACGAGUCGCUGAGGCUCUGGUAGAUGUAUUUUGUAGAGUAGGAGUACCGAAGGAAAUGCUCACGGAUAUGGGGUCACAAUUUACAUCCGAGCUGAUGACAGAGGUUAGUCGUUUACUUUCUAUACAACAGUUAACAACGACACCGUACCACCCCAUGUGCAAUGGACUGGUCGAGCGGUUCAACGGUACAUUGAAGCAGAUACUCCGACGGUUAUGUGCGGAACGUCCUACUGAUUGGGAUAAGUAUCUAUCAGCCUCAUUGUUUGCUUACCGUGAUGCACCACAGGAGAGUCUAGGAUUCUCACCGUUUGAACUGGUUUACGGACACGAAGUUAGAGGACCUAUGAAGAUUUUGAGGGAGUUGUGGACUAAAGAAGUAGCAGAUUCAGAGGUUAGAACUACAUACCAGUAUGUUGUUGAUUUGAAGGAACGACUAGAAGCUACGUGCAGAUUAGCGAGAGAGAAUCUACAAAAGUCGUCAGAGAAAUACCGGAAGUAUUAUAACAAGGGAGCACGGAACAGACAAAUGUCAAAAGAAUUAACGUGA